AUGCUUUUCUUCACUCAGUGCUUUGGGGCUGUGUUAGAUCUCAUUCAUUUCAGGUUUCAGCACUACCAGGCUAAGAGAGUGGUUUCUUCUGCAGGACAGCUGGUCUGUGUGGUUAGUCCAACACAAAACUUGAAGAAUGGUUCAGAACAAAGUGCCACCCCUGAGGAAUCCUCUCAAAGAACAUCAACUCAACAUCAUCAUGAUGAAAUGGUGUAUGACCCACAGCUGACUUUUUGCACUUGCCCUUUGUAUACAUGCAGAUGGGAGGGACAUUUGGAAGUUGUGGUUUCUCAUUUAACAAAAAACCAUAAAAUCAGUAUACUGCAAGGGACAGAAGUUGUCUUUCUUGCAACUGACAUGGACCUUCCAGCACCAGUAGAUUGGAUAAUCACACAUUCUUGCCUAGGCCACCACUUUUUGUUGGUGCUAAGAAAGGAAGAAAAAUAUCAAGGCUACCCACAGUUUUUCGCUAGCAUGAUGCUGAUUGGCACGCCAGCACAGGCAGAGAAUUUUAACUAUAAGCUUGAACUAAGUAGAAACCGUCGAAGAUUGACGUGGGAAUCCACCCCUCGUUCUGUUUUAGACUGUGUUGACUCUGUAAUGACAGAUGGAGAUUGCCUUGUGCUUAACGCUUCAGUAGCUCAGCUCUUUUCUGAUAAUGGAAGUCUGGCUAUUGGAAUUGCAAUAACUGCAAGUCGAUUUUGUGCUGGGGAAUCUGAAAUGUAAAGAUUAUAAUGUGUUACAAUGAAAGAAUACAAGCUAAUGGGCUUUUACUAUGAUUAGUCUUGAGUCACAUCAGUCGCUUGUACAUAGAGGUGGGGGCAUUCUGUUAAAAAAAAAAAAAAAAGA